AUGGCGGACCGAGACCGCGAAACGAGCACGCUCUUGGGCGCCGACAUCGAGAGCCACCACCUGGUGGAUGCAUCGGAGCGCGCAGAGCUGGAGCGCCAGGCCGGCGCCAUCGACGGCUUCGUCGGCAUCGAGCAUGACUUCGUCAGCUUGCACGACGAAAGCAAGAUCACCCGGAUCUUUUAUCGCUUCGGACCCGGCGUGCAGUCGUUCGACAUCCACCUUGCGAACCUCGCCAAGCAGCUGCCGGGCUACCUGCGCAUGGCGCGCUGGCUCGCCGAAGGCGAGACCGAGUCGGACGUGCAGCGCCACCUCGACAUGCAGCAACGCAAGGGCGAUUACGCGCACAUCGCCAUGCCGCCGAACGCCGCUCCAUCCAGGCUCGCUCCCGGCUCUGCCGCGGUCAAAAAGAUCAAAGACGACGAGGCUUGA